AAGAGGAAGAUUUAUGCAUCCUGGAAUCUUCUAUCAGGUUAGGAUGAGAGUCGAAUGAAUACAGAGAUGCCAGAAGGCCACAAGGGCCCAUGAACAAUCCCCACCUCACGCUUCCCUAUUGAACUUUAAGAUUCAUUAGUAAUAUGCUGUCCCUGCAAGGGGAAAAGAAUCUAGAGCCAAGAAGGUGUGUUCUUCCACAUUCGGGAUAAACGUGAAUGCAAGAAAAUGGCUUCGAAAGUCUCCUGUUUAUACGUCUUGACAGUUGUGUGCUGGGCCAGCGCUCUCUGGUACUUGAGUGUCACUCGUCCCACUUCUUCCUACACUGGCUCCAAGCCGUUCAGCCACCUAACAGUUGCCAGGAAAAAUUUCACCUUUGGCAACAUAAGAACUCGACCCAUCAACCCUCAUUCUUUUGACUUCCUUAUAAAUGAACCAAAUAAAUGUGAGAAAAACAUUCCUUUCCUUGUUAUCCUCAUCAGCACCACCCACAAGGAAUUUGACGCCCGCCAAGCAAUCCGAGAGACGUGGGGGGAUGAGAACAAUUUUAAAGGGAUCAAGAUAGCCACUCUGUUCCUCUUGGGCAAGAAUGCUGAUCCUGUUCUGAAUCAAAUGGUGGAGCAGGAGAGCCAAAUCUUCCAUGACAUCAUCGUGGAGGACUUCAUCGACUCCUACCACAACCUCACCCUCAAAACAUUAAUGGGCAUGAGAUGGGUGGCCACAUUUUGUUCAAAAGCCAAGUAUGUCAUGAAAACAGACAGUGACAUUUUUGUAAACAUGGACAAUCUUAUUUAUAAACUACUCAAACCCUCCACCAAGCCCCGAAGAAGGUAUUUUACUGGCUAUGUAAUCAAUGGAGGGCCCAUCAGGGAUGUCCGCAGUAAGUGGUACAUGCCCAGAGAUUUGUACCCUGACAGUAACUACCCGCCCUUCUGUUCGGGGACAGGCUACAUCUUUUCAGCCGAUGUGGCUGAACUCAUUUACAAGACCUCACUCCACACAAGGUUGCUUCAUCUUGAAGAUGUGUAUGUGGGACUGUGUCUCCGGAAGCUGGGCAUACAUCCCUUCCAGAACAGUGGCUUCAAUCACUGGAAAAUGGCCUACAGUUUGUGUAGGUAUCGCCGUGUGAUCACUGUGCAUCAAAUCUCGCCCGAAGAAAUGCACAGAAUUUGGAAUGACAUGUCAAGCAAGAAACAUCUCAGAUGUUAGGAUUUUUACCCAUGUAAAUAUUUUUCAUUUCUUUUCUAAGAAAUGGGGCCUAAGAUGUUGGUAUUUUAUAGGUGCCACUGGUGAAGGGGUUUUGUAAAGUUUUUGCUUCCUGCUUCUAAUUUAUUUCUUGGAUCGUCAAUUUACAAGUGGAAGGCUCUGAUAUAGAAACAAUGUAUAAGUGACAAGGUCCAGAUUUAACUCUCAGGUCCUAAGACAUUGCCGUGUAGCUCAAAAAGUGACUUCCAAUCAACGGGUAGGAUUUAUGUGCUGUGCGUCUGAGAUAAAAAUCUGGCUCUGUGAAACUAAAACUCACACGUUGUCUUCAUAUCAUCUCUGCAAAGAUUCAUAAGUAAAUAACUUAAAAGAAAACAGUUCAAAAUGAGGCACAGUCAGGAAGGCACACCGGUUGUGACUGUUAAUAUUGUGUGUUACUGUUGCAUAUAUUGCCAUGUGAUAUGUUCAAUAUACUGGCAGGGAAGCUCUAGUUAAAUAGAUGGGAAUCUAAACUUAAGAAUCAAAUGUUUUAUAUGUUUGGAAGAAAGCUCUACUUGCUCAUCCAAGGAUUAAACCUGAUCAGCAGGUGGAAUGUAUAUAAAAUGCUACUUAACAAGGUAAACAAAAGAAUUUGUACUUUGUUCUUUCAAAACAAACAUUACAUGGUGCCUCCAAGGAGCCUUUGCCAAAUGGAAUCUCACCUGCUUCCUUCCAUAUGAUAGCGCUAAGUGUAGUUCACAGUUUCUGGAUCAGACAGACACGUAUCUCCAUGUGUAGGAAAAAAGUUGUUAGGAAGUCAAAGACACAAUCAAACACUUUGGGAUAAAAUGCAAAUUUUGGUAUGCAUUGUAAUGAACAUAAAGUUAGCAAUGGUGUA